ACAUUUUUUUAUAUAUAUUGAAACAUGCACUGCACUGUCUCUCGAUUAUGUCUGACAUCUCAAUCUAAGUUACUAACAUCAUGGCAAUUCAAGCUAAAACCGCUUCUCUUCAUUUCUCUCAUACUUUUCACUCUCCUUCACCUAUGCCUGCAUCUCUAUCUCUUCUCUUUGGACCACUCAGGUCAAUGUCAAUGGCUUCAAAACCUCAAAGAAUUAGAAAGUCUCUUGAACUAGUCACUUGCAAGUCCAACCCCAAUGAUAACCAGCAAGAUUAUCUGAUUGAUGCUCCUGAGUCAGUUGGCGAUGGCUUUUCCUUCAGUGGAGGAAAGUAUUCAGAUGAGCCAAGCCAAUCAGAUGAAUGGUUUAAGAAAGGGAAGAUGGUGAGAGCUCAUGGUGUUGCUGGUUCUGGAGAGAAGGCAAAGGAUCCCAUUUUUGGACUCACAAUGGGUGUUAGUUCUCAGACCUCAGCUGAUGUUUUUAGAUGGUUUUGCGUUGAAAGUGGAAGUGCUGAUAAGCAUCCGGUCAUAUUAAUUCAUGGUUUUCCUUCACAGGCAUACUCUUAUCGUAAAGUUCUUCCUGUACUCUCUAAGGACUAUCAUGCCAUCACUUUUGAUUGGCUAGGUUUUGGAUUUUCAGAUAAGCCUCAACCUGGAUAUGGAUUUGACUACACAUUGGGUGAGUAUGUGUCAUCCUUGGAGUCUCUAAUAAAUGAGCUUGCCAUCAGUAAGGUUUCACUUGUUGUCCAGGGCUACUUUUCCCCAGUUGUUGUUAAAUAUGCUCUCAGUCAUCAAGAGAAACUUAACAACUUAAUUCUACUCAAUCCUCCGCUGACAGCCAAACAUGCUAAUCUUCCAUCAACCCUGUCCAUAUUCAGCAACUUUUUGCUAGGUGAAAUAUUCGCUCAGGAUCCCUUAAGGGCCAGUGAUAAAGCCUUGACCAGUUGUGGUCCUUACAAAAUGAAGGAGGAUGAUGCAAUGGUUUAUAGAAGACCUUAUCUCACAUCUGGUUCGUCAGGUUUUGCCUUAAAUGCAAUUAGCAGGGCAAUGAAGAAAGAGCUAAAGACCUAUGUGGAGGAUAUGCAGAUGAUACUCACAGAUAAAAAUUGGAAUGUUCAAACUACAGUUUUCUGGGGCCAAAGAGAUCGCUGGUUGAACUAUGAUGGAGUUGAAGAUUUCUGCAAGGAUUCAAGACAUAAGCUUGUAGAACUACCAAUGGCAGGACAUCAUGUACAAGAAGAUCGUGGUGAAGAACUUGGACAACUCAUUUCUAAGGUUAUCAGCAAAAGGAGCCAAAUUUGAUGAUACAAAAAUGUUGCUUGAGUAAGCAGUGCUCAGCAUUCAGUAAAUAUUAUUUUGCAUUUUACAAUCCAUCCAGUAUAUUCUUUACAACAACAACAACAAUAAUAAAGCCUUUGUCACAAAAUUUUUAGGCUCAGCUACGAUCCUCAACAGAUUAGUUAGGAUCUGUCACAUGUAUUUUUUUCCUCAACUCUAUUCUAACUGAAGUUGUACUCUUUGUUACUUCCUUAAUUACAUGUCAUUUUUUAGUACU